GCAAGCGGCAGCCGCACGAAUUUAUGGAUGAUGAUUCGUGCUAACCUGAAAAUUAUUCAUACUUUGCAAUAAAGUUGGUUUGCUUCAUAUGUUAAAUUAUAUAUUAAUAUAAAAUAUUAAAAUACUGAAAAAUACAAUUCAAUUCAGCAAGGAUGAGUCGAUUUUUUGCCACUGGUUCUGAUUCUGAAUCGGAAACCUCUUCUGAGGAGGAGCAGGUUCAAAGAGCACCUACUGCUGCCUUCACUUUCAGUGAUGAUGAAGAGGAUACCAAACGAGUUGUUCGUUCGGCUAAAGAAAAGAGAUACGAGGAGAUCACUAAUGCCAUUAAACUUAUUAGAAAUCAAAAAAAGAUCAAAGAUAUUAACUCUGUGCUCAGUACUUUUGAAGAAUUGGUCAAGGCUUAUAACAAAGCCUCGUCUGUUAUAUCUAAGGAAGAAAACGGAAAAACUCCUAAUUUUUAUUUAAGAUGUCUGGUUGAACUUGAUGACUUUAUCAAAGAAGUUUGGGAAGAUAAAGAGGGACGUAAAAGCAUGUCAAAAAUAAACUCUAGAGCAUUAUCAUCUUUUCGCCAAAAAUUGAGAAAGUAUAACAAAGAUUUUGAAAAAGAAAUUGAAGCCUUCAGAGAAAAUCCACCUAAAGAUGAUGAUGAAGAAGAAGAAAAAGUUGAUGAAGUUAAUUCUGAUGAUGAAGAUGAUGAUGAAAAUCAGAUAAGUGAUUUCAAGAAGCAAGAACUUGUUCCAGAUGUUUCUAAGUUCAAGAAAGGAGCAGAUGUCGAUGGUAGUGAUAGUGAUUCAGACUGGGGUUCAAGCUCUGAAGAUGAAAGCUCCAGUAGCUCUGAUGAUGAUAAACCUCAUGCUGCUGAUUACUUCAGAAAAACACAAAAAGAUGGAGAUGAUGAACAAAAACAGGUCAAAAAAGAACACCGUAAAGACCGUAAAGAAAAGGAUAGAAAAAAGAAACGUGAAGAAGAUGAUGGUGAAGGAGAAUGGGAGACUGUAAAAGGUGGAGUGGCCAUACCAUCAGAAAAGCCUAAAAUGUUUGCUAAAGAUGCCGAAAUUAAUACUGCUAGUGUUUUGAAAAAAUUAAAUGAAAUCAUAGCUGCCCGUGGCAAAAAAAGAACGGAUAGAAGAGAAAAAAUUGAACUUUUACAUGAGCUGCAAGCGAUUGCUGAAAAUCACAAUCUUAAUGCUGCAUUAGUUAAAAUAAAGUUUUGCAUUGUUUCAUCUAUCUUUGAUUAUAAUCCAAAGGUAUCUGAUGCUAUGAAACCAGAAUAUUGGUCAAAAAUUUUAGAGCGCAUUUCUGAAAUGUUAACGUUACUUUUGAGUACUAAUGAUAUUGUCUUGGCUAAAUCUAUCCCUGAAGAUGAGGAAGAGUAUGAAAAAUCUCCUUUUAAACUGCAUGGCUGUGUACUCACUUUAGCAGAAAGAUUAGAUGAAGAAUUUAUCAAACUUCUCAAAGAAUGCGACCCCCACAGCAAUGAAUAUGUUGAAAGACUAAAGGACGAAAAUCAAGUUUGCACUAUUAUUGACAAAGUGGAAGAGUACCUGGAGAGACAAGGAACUCCAUCAGAACUUUGCCGUAUUUACAUUCGUAAAAUAGAGCAUUUGUAUUAUAAAUUUGAUCCAACUGUUUUGAAGCAAAAAGAUGGUGAAAUUCCAGCUGAUGCUCUCACCUCUGUAAAAGUUAUGGAUAAAAUGUGUAAAUACAUUUAUAGCCAUGAUGAAACUGAUCGCCUCAGGACUAGGGCUAUUUUGUCUCAUAUUUAUCACCACUCCAUUCAUGAUAAUUGGUUUAAAGCCCGUGACUUAUUCCUCAUGUCACAUUUGCAAGAAAACAUUCAUCAUUCUGAUCCAGCCACACAGAUUUUGUACAAUCGAGCCGUUGCUCAUCUCGGGCUCUGCGCAUUUCGUCAUGCAAACAUUAAAGAUGCUCACAAUUGCCUUCUUGAUUUAAUGAUGACUGGCAAAGUAAAGGAACUCUUGGCUCAAGGUUUGAUGCCUCAAAGACAACAUGAGCGCAGCAAAGAGCAAGAAAAAAUUGAGAAACAACGUCAAAUGCCCUUCCACAUGCACAUAAAUUUGGAAGUACUCGAGUGUGUGUAUCUGGUUUCGGCUAUGCUCAUUGAAAUUCCGUAUAUGGCUGCUCAUGAGUUUGAUGCUAGGAGAAGAAUGAUUUCCAAGACCUAUUACCAGCAACUAAGAUCGAGCGAACGUCAGUCGCUAGUCGGACCUCCAGAAUCCAUGAGAGAACAUGUUGUGGCUGCUUCAAAAGCUAUGCGUAAUGGAAACUGGGCUGCUUGCAAUAAUUUUAUUAUCAAUGAAAAAAUGAAUGGAAAAGUUUGGGAUCUAUUUUAUCAAGCCGAUAAAGUUAGAGCAAUGCUGACCAAGCUCAUUAAAGAGGAGGCUCUGAGAACAUACCUUUUUACUUAUUCUCAUGUUUAUGAUUCCAUAUCGAUGCCAACUUUAGCCCUUAUGUUCGAGUUAGAAAGGGCAACUGUUCAUUCAAUUAUAAGUAAAAUGAUUAUCAACGAAGAGCUGAUGGCUUCGUUGGAUGAACCUUCCGAGGCUGUCGUGAUGCACCGCAGUGAACCAAGUCGUUUACAAUCUUUGGCUUUGCAGCUCACAGACAAAGUCAACAACUUUGUCGAUUCAAACGAACGCAUUUUUGAGAUGAAACAAGGAAACUUCCGAAACCAAGGAAACUUCCGCGAGCGUAAUAACUUCAAUAGGCAAGAUUGGGGAGGUCGUCAACGGCGUGAUCGCAAUCGUAACAACGAUGAAGCCAGAAAUAAUUAUUGAAGUUUUAAACAUUAAAUAUUGUUCGAAAAAUUGAAUUUUGUACAAACAAU